CAUUCAUUAUCUGUCAGCUCAUCUCAGAACAUGCGUAUGUGUUUAAGCGUCUUGUCUUUACUCUGCUGGCUGCUUUCUGGUUUAAAUGGAUCUUCGACCAUUUGCAGACGUGGUCAAAAAUUACAACGGGGCGCCUGCGUGGAGUGUGACAUUGGCACAUAUCAGGACGAAGAAGGGAGGAAGCUGUCAUGCCAAAAGUGCCUGACCUGCGAAACCAAAACUGGAAGCGAACAAGUGGAGUCGUGCACCAAAACGUCCAACACAAAGUGUAGCUGCCCAGAGCACUUUGAGUGCUCACGGAACUUCUGUGACGAGUGCUACUGCCCCGUGGGACGGGGGCUAAACAAAAAAGAAUGUCAUCCCUGUCCAGAUGGCUACUUUUCUUCCGCAGUGAAUUCUCCAUGCCAAAAGUGGACCAACUGCACAGAGAAAGGACAGAAGGUCCUAAAAGGCGGGUCAAAAACACAGGACGUGGUCUGCAGCGAUUUGCCGGUAAAGACAGUGCCUGUCGGGGUCACUUCUAGUGCAUCCCACAAAACCCCUUCACGUGGACCUUCAGGAGGACCCCGUUCACAAAACUCUUCAGCUGGAGUCUCCCACCGAACUUCUCAGAGCCCAACAAGAGACGACGUGAAUUCUCAAAUCAGAAGCACGAGCCCACCUGUGACCCAAAGCAGUGAAAUGUCAUGGGCUACAGUAAGAAAUGUGACAAAAGGAAAGCCGGAGCUGCAGACCCCUUUCCCCUCACUUUUAUUCCUGGUGCUUAGUGUCCUGGCUGUGAUCUUCAUCAUCUACAUAAUUCUUGCCUGGCCUCGGAUUAAGAAAAUCAAGAAGCACUUAAGGCAAGGAAAAAACUCUCAUUUAGCAGUUCGGAUUCCUGUUCAAGAAGAAGAUGAAGGUGCCAGGUCCUCCAUUGUGAAGAACUGAGAUUUUUUUUUUUUUUAUUAUUUUGCUUCGGCAAAAUGUUACAACCCAAUAUUUGUAAUACAAAUAUUUAACAAGUAUGCCCCCCCCACCACCCCCAUCAAAGUGAGGGAAAGGCACAGGAAACAUUGAAACUAGUAGAACACAUAGUGGGAACCAUCUUCAGCAGUUUAUUUCUACGUUAAAUGCUUCAGUGACGUUUAGUAAUUGCCAGUUCAGUUAUCUACAGUAUUUAUUUUAUUGUAUUUAUUUGGGGGACAGAUUAAAUCGUAAGAUUAAAUUCCGCUUCACAUAUGAUGCUCUCUGGGACUCUCAUCAGAACACCAGAGGCAGAUCCCCAUUUUAUUGGGAGCACAAUAAUGCAGGAGACAUCAGCCUAUUAAGCGGUGCAACCCCCCCAUAAAAGAUUAAAUGAGCACUGCACUCUUUGUAAAGACACAUGUGGACACUUUCCACAUAUUGCUAAGGACGCCUAUUGUGUAGGUUGAUUAGUCCCAAAUGGUGGGACCUACAGAACGUACUUCUAGGCAGCUUACUGACACUUCCACUUCCACUUCCAUCAGACGUUGAGAUGGAUCGUGUGGUCAUGGAGGUAUAAGUGAAACGAAAGAAAUUGUCUUUUCAUAAAAGACUUUUUUAUGAUUAUUUAAUGUUAUUUUUCUUCGGAAAUGAGUGUGGUGGUCUAAUUUAUACUGUGAAACACAGAUCACGAUGAAGAAGAUGGUACACCAGUUUGUGAAAACUAAAAGUAGUAUUUUUAUGAAUUCAUGCAGGUGAACGAUACAAUCAACACUAGCUGGCGCCAAGCAAAAGGACAAAGCAGUUAAAAAGCCUGUCUGUUUCUGUGCCAAGAGCAUGCCCUACCCAAUAUUUCUUUAACAAAUCUGUGAAAAACAGUUGAUGUGGCACCUUUUGGCAUUCCACUAGGUGAUCAUACCCCAGAGCCCUGGACAUCUCUUAAAUGUCCAAAUGCCAGGCUGCCUCUGUUUUUGGCCAGCAGAGUCCCUACUUCCCAUCUCUAUUGCCACCUGCUGGCCAUGAGGAUUUGUGCUAAGCCUCUGCCAGCCCCCAAGUCCAUCUCCCCAGGAUUUCUCUCUUUCUCUCUUGAAAUGGAAAGGGGCACCUUCUUCAGAGGGCAGGGCCUUUCCAAGCACAUUGGCAUUGAAGAGGUGGGUUUAUCUUAGUACACUCAUGUCAGUGAUCACUCAGGUGGCACAUUUGCACUUACAAAUACCUUGUAACAGAAUAAGAGGACAAUGUUGGGGUGCCAAGUACAUUUGGAGACAGUGAGGUUAAAAAAAAAAUUAAAAACACACAAAUUGCAGAGCUGUACACACAUGAGAUCAAGACAGAACUGUUCCAAGAUGGCGGAGCUUCUGGUUUUGGGCCCUUCUGACAGGAAGAGGCGGGUCCAGUGGACGGACACCGGAAGUGAUGUCAGAGGUGUUCUAGCUGUCAAUCAAAUCAAACAGCCUGCAGAGGGAGAAGGAGAGAGAGGCAUUAGGAUGCAGCGCCAACUCCUGGAGCGGCAGUAGAAUGGCAGUCACUAGAGUCCCGUUAGCUGUCCCCUAUGCAUAUGCAUGUAACAGCCUUAAGGUCCAGGAAACCUCUUUCAGUAUCGCUGUCUUUAAAGUGCAUGAAUUUGUUCUACUUUUUAAAUAAAUUUGGACUACAUCACUGACUGGUCCUCAUUCAGUCAACAAGGCCUACAUUGGCCAAAUUGGAGAUUUGACCCAAGACAACACUGAGAUUAGAACAAAUUAGAGCAGAGGGCAGGCCAUUCAGCCCAACAAAUCUUGCCAGUCCUAUCCACUAUGCACUAUUGGAGGUCUCCGUCCCCUCUGUGUAGAGUUUAAUGUAAGGGUGGCGUAAUCACAUUGCAAUCUUUUCUUCGUGACGUUAAGUACUACCUCUACCCAACAUACUCUUCCUAAUAACAUUAACUCCAUCGCCACUAGUCACCCCUUUCUUUGAACACGGUCAGAACAAGCAGGUGGGCAUCUCCAGGAGCAGGACGUUUGUGUAGGGCUUCUGCUGAGGAUACUUUAAGUGGCUAGUGAGAGCUCGGAGGGCCCAAGUAGGAGUGUGUGAGGCCGUUUGCGUCUCUACUGGUCUCACUAUUGUCCUGUGUAGUCCGUGUGUUCUCUGUGUCCAGUCAAAGCGAAUGACCUUUGGUGAGUCCGCUGAAGCGGCAGUUGUGGUCGACUUGCCUUUUACGUUCAUAGCAUCCAAUUAGAAGGACUGACUUUUGGUGUGAUGAUUGGACCUCUGUACAUACAAUUAUUUUGUACUUUUAAUUUCAAACUGGAUAUUUUAUAAUAAAUUGUGAAAAUGUUCUAAUUAUUUGUUUUUUAAAUAUACAUAAUGUUUUACAUAUUAGAGGUUUUUUUUUUAUCAUGAGUACGCAACACCGAUAAUUCUAUGUAUAUGUUUGUGUAAGAAAUUCAGCUCUCUAGAAUUUCUUGUGUACGCGAAGCAGGGAAUGUUUUCUAUACAUGUAAAUAGUGUAAAUGUGUAAACCGUUUUAAAGAGUACAUUCAUUUUUUAUUAUGAACUUACUUUGCAUCGGUUGUACUUCUGCAGAUUAGUGCAUUGUGGAUUCAGGCUCAGUCUUUUUUGGGUGGAGAUGUUUACUCAAGAUGCAAGUAUUUGUACAGUGUGUUCACUCUGUGUGAGAAAAAAUCAAUAAAAUAAAAUGA